AUGGCACCUUUAACUCGAGCGUCUGUAGCCCUGAUAACAGCUUCUUCAGCCGGGCUCGGCGCUGCCACCGCUCGACUAUUUGCAUCACACGGUGUCCGUGUCAUCAUCAAUUACCAUUCCAGCCAUGACAAAGCGCAAGAUCUUGUUGGCGAACUGGGAGAUCUUGCCCGUAGAAAACUACCAGAUAUGGAAGAGCAAGAUGUAGUUACAGCUGUAAAGGCUGAUAUGUCCAAGAAAGAUGAGGUGGAGAGAUUGGUCAAGGAGAGCGUGGAGAAGUGGGGACGAUUAGAUGUUGUUGUUUCCAACCAUGGCUGGACUCAGAUUCGCAAUUUUCAAGACCUAGACGACAAUAUUGUUGAAGAAGAUUGGGAUCGGUGUUUCAACAUGAAUGUGAAGUCUCAUUUAUGGCUUUUCCAUGCUGUGAAGCCAUACCUAGAAGAGACCGAUGGAAGUUUCAUAUCGACAGCUAGUAUCGCGGGUGUGAAACCGGGUGGGAGUUCCAUGGCAUAUUCUGUGACGAAAGCUGCACAGAUACAUCUCAUCAAGUCAUUAGCUCUCACGUCAACAAUACGGGUGAACUCCGUUUCACCGGGAUUGAUGCUCACUGCAAGUUCAAUAUUCAUUGCCUCCGACUGGGGUCUCCAAUUUCCCGAGUCAAAAGUAGAGGGAGUAAAGAAAAAGAGCACACUAGGAAGACUCGCGACCGUCGAAGAGGUUGCUAGACAGAUAUACUGUUUAGCCGAGAGCGAGAGUGCCACUGGUACAAAUUCUAUCAUUGAUGGAGGAAUCCAUUUGGGGAAAUAGAUGUUUUUAAAAAGAAACAGAGGGGAAUUACUCAAGAAAACCCCCAGACAUGAGCUUUCAUUUAACAGGUUUCAAUGACCAUCUGUCGAUUUGCAAAUGCAUAGAUUCCCAAGCUUUCCAACUCCUACAACCAAACCAAUAUCACGCCCAUCGACAGUGCCAGGCAUUGAUAUUAAGAAAGUAGUUUAAUUCAAAUAAGCAAAUGACACAC